AUGAGCAUCUUUCUUGCUCUACUGUUACUACAAGGCAUAGUACAAAAACCUGUUGAAAGAUGUUUUUGGUCAAAAAGGCCCAUUCUUGAUACUCCUUUCUUCGGAAAGAUUAUGACCGAAAGAAGAUUUUCACUAAUAAUGAAAUUUUUGCAUUUUGAAGAUAAUUCUACAUUAAAGGGAAAAAAUUAUCCCAAUCCCAAACUGAAAAACAUUCAUACUCUGCAUGAAAUGAUAAUUUCAAAUUUCAAAACUGUGUACAUUCCUGAGAAAGAUAUUAGUAUCGAUGAGUCCCUAAUAGCAUACAAAGGAUUAUUAGGUUGGAAGCAGUUCAUUCCUUCUAAAAGAGCAAGAUUUGGAAUUAAAUUGUUUCAGCUAUGUGAGGCAGAAAGUGGAUACAUAUGGAACUCUAUAAUUUAUACAGGAAAAGGUACUACGUUCCAUAAAGACUAUGACCAUUAUGAAUUGUCUGUUAAAAGCGUUAUGACACUUAUUCAUGAUUUAUUAGGCAAAGGCUAUUUCCUUAUGAAAGAUAAUUUUUAUACUUCGCCAGAACUUGCGGAACUGUUAAUUAAUCAAAAAACUGAUAUUUGCAGAACUCUGCGGGAUUCCAGGAAAAGUUUACCCCAUGCGAUUAAAUUACAAAAAGUGAAAAAAGAGGAAGUAAUUGCCUUUCAGAAAGGCAAAAUAUGUGUAUUGAAGUGGAAGGAUAAAAAGCCUUUAAGCAUGUUGUCAACUGUGCAUAAUAAUGAAAUGAUUGAAACAGCAAAAGGAAAAAAUUAUAUAUUAAAACCAUCCACAGUUGAGAGUACAACGAAAAAAUGGGCGGCGUUGAUAAAGCAGACCAGUGUCUGUCUUACUAUCUAG